AUGUCAAAGAUCAUAGGUCAAGUUUUGGUGGUGGUAGCUGUUUUGGCUUUGGUCCAUGCUGCCUUCUCGACUUAUGAGCACCUAUCGACUUUGAAAGCCCUCUCAAGACCUACUGGGUCAUUACCAGCUUCUAUCAUCCUCGAAGCUCUGAUCUCGCUAGGACUGUUCAUACCUGGAAUAGCACUUUCUUCGGACAGUCUGGAGGAUGUCACGUAUAGAGGAGAAUUGGCCAAGAGAAGUAUAGACGACCAGGACGCCAAGAUGGCAUUCAUGAUUCCUUCCAAACGUGGGAGAGCAAUAUUCGGGGAAGAGCAGUAA